UGGAAGCGACAGGCAAUACUUUACUUGAUAUAGAUGCUUUUUGCUUUGGAAAAAUCUAAACAAAUCUAACUUGUAACACCUAGCUAUCUAAAAAAGACCCCCAAGAGCACAGAUAGAACAAGGACCUAGUUAUAAAUAUAUUUGCUGGAAGGUUCCAAUGAAAGAUUAUUCACAGUUUAAUGACAAAGUUUUCGACGUCAGAAGCUGUGGUUACGGAUUAGAAAGUGUUUUAUCAGAAAUAAUCUAGCUACAUUGGUUUUGGCUUUGUAUGAGUCUGGCCUAAGCAAUUGGCUGCUUUGAUAUGAUAAUUUUAUUUUUGAACGCUUGAUCGUACCGGAAGAGCCGCUGCGUCUGUCUUGCAGAGACCGCGGGAAAAUGUCGUUAUUUCCUGCUCCCUGAAGAAGGUUGUUGGCGCGACAGUGAUUGUAAACAGAUAAAGCAUAAUAACAUGCUAAACAACAUUCUUAGAAUCGAUUUUCAUAUGCUACUUCCAGGUACAUAUCUGAGCCAUUGAUUGAGCAUCAGGAGAAUGGAGGGGGAUUUGAUGGAUGAAGUGUAUGGUGACCUCAGCCAGGACCACCGUAAUACCACAGCAGCUUUCGAAGAAGAUUCUAUGGAUAUUUAUUCUGGUUUGGAAAGUCCAAAGAUGAAUUCAAAUGCAGAAAGGAACUACACACUCCUCUCACCGCAGAAUCUGAAAUCUAUGGAUUUAUAUGAAGAAAUCCUAACAGAGGAACAGCAGGAUAAAGAGUCUUCCUACAAUGAGUUGAGGACAAGAUUCAAUGCAGCACAAAGCCAAGUUGAUGAGUUAAUGAGAAGGUUGCAGCAGAUGGAAAAACAGAAUACAACGCUGAACACUGAGAACAGCCGUCUGAAGAAGAACAUCUGUGCACUCAUUAAAACAGCUAAAAGGGAGGUUGUGCGGAAGGACGAGGAGAUAAAUCGGUUGAGCCAAAGUUUCAGGCCAGGGAGGGGUCCUGUAGUUCACCAUCAAUCUCAGAUGAACUGCCUGAGAAAUCAAAUUCCAACCAGACAGAAUCCUAUGGGGCCGUCUCUACCAAGCGAACCACAAGUUCCAACCAGACUGAAUCCUACGGGGCCGUCUCUACCAAGCGAACCACAAGUUCCAACCAGACUGAAUCCUACGGGGCCGUCUCCACCAAGCCAACCACCGGGUCCUAGACAGGAUUGUGUUCGCCAGCUCCUCCGUAAAGACAGAGAUGUAGUCCACCCCCCUCUCCCUCCAACCCCCUCUGACGCAACAGUUUUCCGACCACCUCUUCCUGAUGCAACAGUUUUCCGACCACCUCUUCCUGAUGCAACAGUUCUCAAACCACCUCUUCCUGUCACUUCAAAGACCGCUAGAGGAGAUUCAGAAGCUCCAGUGAAAUACACAGAUUCUUCUGUUAGUAGUUCCAGCCAGGACUCUGUGAAUAGGCACCCUACACGUGAACUUGACCCGUCAGACGAGCCAAAACAAACCAAGCACAGAGAAGGCAGAGGUGAAGAUCCCAGGCUGUCCGAAUCAAAGGAGCAGCGAAAAUAUGACUCCAAGUCAAGCAGAAGCAGAUACCCUCAUCUCUCAGAUGUUGAGGUACACAAGAGAUCAGAGAGGGCUAAAAACCCAACCUCAGACAUUUUGCAUUGCACUGCUUCCUCUGACCGCACGUCUAAAGGAUUGUCUAAAGAUUGUGCAGACUAUCAAUCAAAAGGUACUAGUCGGCAUUAUAAGGAGCUCAGGCGUGAUAAGGAUGAUGAUGGGCAUAGUAGAAGUAUUAAAGACAUUUCCUUUAACAGAAAGCAUGCCUACUCGAAUCAAGCCAGUGUCACUGAACGAUCCAGUGAAUCUUUUAAUCGCAAGGGAGGGACAAGUCCUCAAAGGGACCAUCGAAGGAAAGAGGAGAGAAGAAGAGAGGAUGAGAUCAGAAAAGAAAAAAAUAGAUAUGGGGAAAAAUCAGGAGAAAGAAAAAGCACUUGUACAGAGAGAAGAAAGGAGCGUGAGCAAAAAAGAACAAAGGAACGUGACCGAUGCAGUACGGACGUCAGUAAGGACAAGACAAUGGACAACAGUAAAGUCGGGGGGCAAAAGACUGAUGAGAAGUCUGAAUUGCUUCCAUCUGAGGCUAAAGUGGCUGAGAAAAGCUCUGUAGAGAAAAACGGUCCAAACAGAAAGUUAAGUUUCAUGGAAACUCUGAAUCUCACCUUGUCACCAGUCAAAAAACCAAGACAGCCUGCUGAAACCAAGGAACAGGAGGGCGCGCCACCUGAGGAAGUUCCUGAAGACCAGUCAGUGGAAGACAGUGGACAGCCUGAUCUAGGGGAAUUAAUCGUCUUAGACGAAAUCAACAGUAGUGUGGGAGAGACCGAUGAGGUCUUUGAGGACCCAGUUGUACAGCCGUCUUCAGAAAUCCCAACGCCUUCAGAACCUGAAAGUAUAAACCGUAGACAUACAGACGAAGAGCCUUGUCAAGAUGCUGACAAAGGUCUGGCUGAAGCCACAGGGGCCAAAAAGCAACCGAAGUGCCAGUUAGAAGUGGAAGACACUACUGUCCAACAUGUCUCAGAAGGUAGGCCUGAGCUGCUGGAGGCCACAGUGGAUCAGAGGACUGAACCCACCACAGCAGAACCUCUCAGGAAGGAUUGUGUUUCAGCUCCAGACUGUGAUGUUGUUUCGAGAACUCCACUGAAAAGCAGACCUGAAGAAUGUGCCUCUGCAAAUAAAAUGGGGGAGUCUGAGGAUUUGACUGCUGCUGCUGUCGCUGCUACUACUGUUACUGGGAAUUGUGGAAACAAUUCAAAUACUGACACUGGACUAUCUUCUAAUGGAUUUACCCCUGAACAUUCAACUGAAAAUGUAGUUCUUAUUACUGACAAUUGUGUGUGUAAGUCAAACAGUGAAACUCUCAGUGCUUUGGUCUGUAAAAGUCAAGCUGUUGAAACUGUGACACAAGUUCCACCUGCUGCUGUCUGUGUGGGACAUCCUGCUGUUGAAGGUGGUCCAGGAAAAGAACAAUCGGAAUCUCUGCAAUUGCCAUUGCCUGCGUCUGUUAUUUCAAAUUCUAGUCUAGAUGUGACAGAGGAGGUGCAAGAUAUUUCCAAGGAUGCUGUUUCCAGUACGAUUAGCAUAGAGGUAAUUCCAGAGAUCUGCAUUACAUCUGAGGUCGUUACUGAUGUCACAGAGAUACCUCUGGAGUGUGAGAAAACUGUUGUGGAACAAAGUUCACCGUUGAGCAGCAUUGGAGUGUCUAAGGUGAGCAGCACAACAGGAGAGGUUGCACCAUCUGCACAGCACAACAGUGGUUUGGCACAGACACCAAAGAAGUCCCUAAAUUCUGAGCCAAGUUACACCGAGAAUGAAGACGCGAAUGUUGAGCCCUCUAGCUCCAUUCCAUUGGCCCAUGAUGAGGACUCGAUGAUGCUUACACUGAGCAGCCUAAGACGUAUUCCAGAUGCCAUCAGCCCACUCACAAGCCCAGUCCGCCCAAUGAGGAAAAGCCAGCAGCCGCCAUGUCACAGCAAACCUGCUUACGUCAAGAGUCUUCGCAAAGAGUUUACCCAUGCUGCUGGGGAUCCCAAUUCAAAGAAGUUGGAUGUGAAUAUGGGGAACAAGAAUCCUGGCUGCUCCAUUGCAAGUGCUGCACAACAAGAUGUGGAUCGGACUUCUGUCCGUUCUUCCAGCCCUGAGGAUGAAUUGGAAGAGGGUGAAAUUCUUAGUGAAGGGGAAGAAACUCCAGUCACGCCAAGUUCUCCAGCCAAGACGGUUAGCCCCACAAGCACUGUUAAAAGUCAACCAAGGCUCAAGUCAUCCACUAGACUUUCCAAGAGGCCGCCUGAAGAGAGAGGUGUAGUUUCACAGGGGAAUUCUAAACUCCUAAGUAAAACCUUGAUUUCACCAGUUGGAAGCCCCAUGUCAAAAGCCCGCUAUAAAACUGUUCAACCUCCGCUACCCAAAGAAGCCUUGUGUACUGUGGAGGAGGUUAUGGCCAUGUUUGCAAAGAUUCGCUAUGCGUGCAGAAAAAAGUACAUGAAGCUUUGUUCAACCUUCGCUAAGGAACGCUUCUGCGGUGUUAUGGACAUGUCCCUUGACUCUUUCACAGACUUUGUUGAUAGUGUUAGCUUUACUAAACUAUGCAGCCAAGAAGAUGACCUCAAAGUGAAAUUGAAGAACAACAUAGUGUCUGUUUUGAGUAGGUUAUCAAAUAAUGGUAUUGUCAACCGCAUCUUUGACCAGAAACCACUUAAAAUGAAGUCGAAACUGUGGGAAUUUGUGAAUGUGCAGUUAGACUACUUAUUCAAGGAAAUUCAGACUGUACUGAGAAAUGUUUGCAAAUCCUCAAAUGGAAACCAGUCUGCAGGAGAAGAAAAAAGGGACACAAGUCUCUCUAACGAGCCAGUGAAGUCCCCCAAGCAGCCAGUGAUGGCCCCCAAGCAGCCAGUGAUGGCCCCCAAGCAGCCAGUGAAGGCCCCCAAGCAGCCAGUGAAGGCCCCCAAGCAGCCAGUGAAGGCCCCCAAGCAGCCAGUGAAGGCCCCCAAGCAGCCAGUGAAGGCCCCCAAGCAGCCAGUGAUGUCCCCCAAGCAGCCAGUGAAGGCCCCCAAGCAGCCAGUGAUGUCAUCGGUGUCCACAGCCUCUGAACUUAAAAGACCUCAGGGAGCAGUACAACAAACAAAUUGUGUUUCCAGAACGUCUGUAACUAAAAGACCGCAAGAGGAAUUAACAGACUGUGUUGAACCCAACAUAAAAAGAACCAGGGCUCAGACUCUCGCCCCUUGCAAAACCGGUCUUGGAAGAGGCAAAAAUAUUAAAAUGUCCUUUGAAGAAGAUGAUAAGGAAUCAGAGCCUCAAACCUCAGAUCAUCCUCUCAUGCAACCUCCAAUGCAAACUCCUUUGCAACACGGGUUAGAGAUCCUACCAUCAAACAGCUCUUCAUCUGUUGAGAAAACUGCUGCCUAUGUUCGUUGGCUGUCUCAAAAUGGCUCACUCCAUGACAAGUCUGACUUCGAAAUACUCACAGAACAGCAAGCCUCCAACCUAACAUUCAACCUGGUGACAGACUCCCAGAUGGGAGAGAUCUUCAAGUGUCUCUUACAAGGGUCUGAUCUGCUAGAAACUAGUGUCUCAGCUGGGGACAAUCAUGGCUGGCCUCUUGGUACUCCUCGGAAAGAAGGAGAGCGUUUCCUAGGCGUUACAACCCCAAGCAAAGUUGGUACUCCCUCUAAAGUCAUCGCCACAUGGUCUUCUAUUUCACCUUGCAAGUUUUCCUCUCCAGAUUCAAAAGUCAAAAUUCCACUAAAUCCAGCUUUGUUGGAUGAGAGUUGUAUGUUAGAGGUGCCCUCCGGCCUACCAGAAAGCAGCAUAACACCACAGUCCAGUGUGUUUUCUCAGAGAUCCUAUUCCAUCUUGGCAGAAGAUCUGGCUCUCUCCCUCACAAUUCCUUCGCCUCUCAAGUCUGACAAUCACCUCAGCUUCUUGCACCCAGCCAGCGAGGAGCACAUGUCUGCUCCAGAUAGUGUAAUCAGUGCACACUUCAGUGAGGAUGCUCUUAUGGAUGGGGAAGAUGCUACAGAGCAGGACAUUCACCUUGCCCUGGACACAGACAACUCCAGCGGUGCGUCAAGCGGUGGUGGCAGGACCAGGGAGGCUUCUGUUAACCCCUUGUUUCACUUCAAGCCUCACUUGCCCAUGCAGGCAGUAGUGAUGGAGAAGUCAAAUGAUCAUUUCAUUGUGAGGAUACGGCAUGCAAACACCAGCCCAGGCAUCGACUCCAACAACUCAGGUGUCAACUUCUCCAACCUAGACAACAACUCCACCAGCCUAGGUGUCAACUCCACCAGCCUAGGUGUCAACUCCACCAGCCUAGGUGUCAACUCCACCAGCCUAGGUGUCAACUCCACCAGCCUAGUAGUUAAUUCUUUAAGCCCAGGCAUCAACUCCACCAACCCAGUGGUCAACCCCACAAGCCUAGGAAUUAAAUCAACAAGCCAAGGAGUCAACACUUCAAGCCCAGGCAGUGUCAACUCUAGCUACCCAGGAAAUAACUACACCAACCCAGGCAUAAACUCCACCUACCCAUGUGUCAACUCCACAAGCCCAGAAGUCAACUGCACCAACCCAGGCAUCUACCCCACAAGUGUAGACAUCAAUCCAAGGGCUGUCUCGAGCCCUCAAACACCACCAGGAGAAGAACAACAUGGCAAAGACAAAGAUUGGCCCCCAGAAAAAACACCUUCUAAAGCCCCUUUUUCAGAGGCCGGUCCUCCUUUCUACCUUUCCACAAGCACCGAAACAGCAUCUGCGGUAUCUUCACCAUGCCUCACCAUCAUAGAAGACACACCAGAGAGAGACCACAGCAAGGGUAAGACUGGGAAAAAGCGGACAAAGCACCAUGUGGAAAUGAAAGCAAAGCGGGCUAAAAUGGAGGUGAUCCCAGAGAAGACGAAGCAUAAAAAUAAGUCCUCAAAAAGUCCCAAAGGAAAGGGGACUAGAAGCUCCAAGAGGGAGAGAAGUAAAGUCACUACUCCACCCCAAUCUACCCCAUCACCCAACAGCCUGUCUGCCAAUAAUAUAAUCAUAAAAAAGGGUGAAGUGGUGGUGACUUGGACAAGGGAUGAAGACCGAGAUAUUCUCCUCGCGCUGAAAAUGAAAGGUGCCUCUCCAGAUACUUUCUCUGCCCUAUCGGAGAAGAUGAACAAGACACCUGCUCAGAUUACAGAGAGAUUUUCCCAGCUGAUGAAGCUUUUUCAGAAGAAGAAGAUGGCAAGCUGACUUUUCUGAAUCAACUUUAUUUUUAUUUUUUUUUUCAAUGAAGAUUUCAUGUACUAUGCUUUUUAUACUCAGAUGUUACAAGGUCAAGGUUAGAAUGUCCCAUUUGAUGAAUGAGCAGAAGCAGAUCAUCUGAAUUUGAUACCUGUAAUUGAUGGCCUUGGAACAUAUGAAGGCAAAGUCAAAACUAGAUCUCAAACUGAAAUGUUUUUUGUUAUUGUUGUUUUUGGGUGGUCAGCAAGGGUCAGAAUAUCCUUGAGGUAACAUCCACACAGGCUUCAAAAUACAAUAAAUCAUCUCCCCACAGCCUAAAUGAAUACAGUUUGUAUAAGCUGUUUUGGUAUGUCUACUGAUUUAGCAGAUUUAUAUGCACUGGUAUUUUUAUUUUUGUUGAGUAAAAUCUAAUCUACCAUAUUGAUCCUGGGCAAUAUCCCAUCUCAAUUUCACAACUCUUCAUAUGCCCUAGCAAGGUUAUACCAUAUGUGCAGUUAAACACUGCAAUCAUACAUUUACAUCUAAGUUAAUUAACACAUUUUAGCUGUAAAUGGUGAAUUGUCUAUAAUACUUUUAUGGAGCAUAGCCACUUGUGCUGCAUGUACUAAAGUUACCUUUUCUGCUUCAACUUCAUAAUCUGGGGGUGUUUGGAAAUAAAAAUUGGGACUAUAAUAUUUCAUGUCGUAAGGUCACAUAGUACAUUUUACUGUACAGUAUGUCAAGUAUUCUAUUUUGGAUAUAGGACUGACUUCAAGAUGGUCAGUGAAAUUAAUAAAUAAGCCACACGUUCCAUUUUAUGUAUGAUUCAAGGUGUUAUGUUUAUAGAAAUGAAGAAUUUUAAAGGGAACAUUUCUUGACUUAGAUUUUGGUUGGUUGAUUUUGGUUUUUGGAUGGUUGUGAAUGAGUGACUACCAGGUCAAGAAAUAUACACUGUGUAUAUUGUACAUAUUUUGGUUUUGUAAAUAAAGUUUAUUUAUUUAA